AUGGACAACAAUGACCAGCACUUGAACCACCAGCUUUCGGCUGGUUCCAACAAUAUCCUACGUCAAUCUAACGAGACUAGAGACGGCAUCCACAGGAACUCCUACUGCAAGAUCGAAGUAAAAGCCUGCCCAGACGGCCUGAUAAUAUCGCCAGGGAACGAAAAAGCAAUUGAGGACGAGGAGGACGCCGACAGCACAGAAGCCGAAAAGAAGAUUGACGACAAAGAAGACAUCAAUGACGAUGACACGCGCGACGUCAUUGAGCUCAUCAAGGCAAAACAAAAGAACAGCGAACAGUACAUCAGUCAGAUCACGAGGAGACUGAAUAGCACUGCCGAAGUAGUCGACGACCUCGUCGGACAAGUUGGCAACCAGGGUAUCAUGCAGGAGAUGGUAACGAAGCUGAUGACGAAAUCACAAGCUUGA